CCGAGAGCCUUCCAGAAGUCGCCGGCAGACCCGUGCGACCCUCCGCCGAGCCGCCCCGCCGUGUUUUAUCGCUAAAACGCCACGUUUUAACCCGCCAGACGCCUGCUCGACGCCGCUGCUGUCGUCAAAAUGUCCACGUUGGGGACUCUCGCCUUCGACGAGUAUGGAAGGCCAUUCAUCAUCAUUAAAGACCAAGAUAAGAAGACGCGGUUAUCGGGCCUUGAGGCGUUGAAGUCUCACAUUAUGGCAGCCAAGGCAGUCGCUUCCACCCUUAAAACGUCACUAGGACCUAACGGCCUUGACAAGAUGAUGGUUGACAUGGAUGGAGAAGUGACUGUCACCAACGACGGAGCCACUAUUCUCAGCAUGAUGGAUGUGGACCACCAGAUCGCCAAACUCAUGGUGGAACUCUCCAAGUCCCAAGAUGAUGAGAUUGGUGAUGGAACCACUGGAGUUGUUGUGCUGGCUGGGGCUCUUUUGGAGCAGGCUGAGCAGUUGCUGGACCGUGGGAUCCACCCCAUCCGUAUCUCUGACGGUUUUGACCAGGCUGCACGCAUUGCCAUUGACCAGCUGGACAAGAUUGGCGAGACCUUCCCCUUUGAUCCCACCAAUACAGAGCCUCUCAUCCAGACUGCCAUGACAACGCUGGGAUCCAAAGUGAUCAACCGGUGCCACAGACAGAUGGCUGAAAUUGCAGUUAAUGCCAUCCUCACUGUGGCUGACAUGGACAGGAAGGAUGUAGAUUUUGAGCUGAUCAAGAUGGAGGGUAAGGUGGGAGGCAAGCUGGAGGACACAAAGCUCGUCAAGGGAGUCAUUGUGGACAAGGAUUUCAGUCACCCACAGAUGCCUAAGGUUUUGAAAGACGCAAAAAUUGCUAUCCUCACAUGCCCAUUUGAGCCCCCUAAGCCUAAGACCAAGCACAAGUUGGAUGUGACCUCAGUGGAGGACUACAAAGCCCUACAGAAAUAUGAGAAGGAUAAGUUCCUGGAGAUGAUCCAGCAGGUCAAAGACAAUGGAGCUAACCUGGCCAUCUGCCAAUGGGGAUUUGACGAUGAGGCCAACCACUUACUGCUGCAGAAUGAACUGCCUGCAGUGCGCUGGGUUGGAGGACCUGAGAUCGAGUUGAUCGCAAUAGCCACUGGUGGGCGCAUUGUGCCACGUUUCUGUGAGCUCACUCCUGAAAAGCUUGGAUUGGCUGGAAUUGUAAGGGAAAUUUCCUUUGGGACCACCAAGGACCACAUGCUGGUCAUUGAGGAGUGCAAGAACUCCAGGGCUGUGACCAUCUUUAUCCGUGGAGGCAACAAAAUGAUCAUUGAGGAAGCCAAACGUGCACUACAUGAUGCCCUGUGUGUGAUCCGCAACCUGGUCAAAGACAACCGUGUGGUUUACGGAGGAGGAGCCUCAGAGAUUGCGUGUGCCCUGGCUGUCAAUCAGGCUGCAGAUAAGUGCCCAUCUUUGGAGCAGUAUGCAAUGAGGGCAUUUGCUGAUGCCCUGGAGGUAAUACCAAUGGCGCUGGCUGAGAACAGUGGGCUGAACCCCAUCCAGACCAUGACAGAAGUCCGAGCUAGACAGGUCACAGAGAACAACUCCUUCCUGGGCAUAGACUGCUUACACCUCAACACCAAUGACAUGAAGCAGCAACAUGUGAUUGAGACCCUCAUCGGCAAGAAGCAGCAGAUCUCUCUGGCCACUCAGGUGGUCAAGAUGAUCCUGAAGAUUGAUGACAUCAGAAGCCCAGGGGAGUCUGAGGACUGAGCCCGUCAGAGUACAUCAGAAGGCUCGGCUGUGUUCUGGAACACCACUGUCCUAAGAUCCUCUAGAACCGUCUUUGGCACUUCCCCGAGCACGAUGUCCAAAUCGCACCGUGUACCGUUAUUUAUCAUUUAAUACAGAAUGCUUCUUUUGUGCUGUUGCUGCGGCGAAGUCAUCAUUAAAACGUAUAGGUUGGUGAAA